ACGGGUACAUGGGCUUGAUGUUGUCCGUGAGCUACAAAGGAACGAAAAACGGUGGAGUACCGAGUGAAAUGAACGUCAUGUGCAAGAUUCCGCCGUUAUCGGAAGCCAGACGCCAACAAUUCAACACGACACUCAUUUUCCAACGUGAAGUCACGAUUUACAACGAUUACUUGCCACUUGUGAUGCAGUUGCAGAAGGAAAAAAAUUUCGCCGAACAUGAAAUGUUUACGAAUUUUCCAAAAGUCUUCUUUGCUGGUAUCGAUGAAAAGUCCGGGGAAGGUGCAAUUAUCAUGGAAAAUUUACGGGAACGCGGUUACGCCACUGCCGAUCGUGCCAAAACGAUCGAUUUUACGUAUUCACGGCUGGUGAUGGAAGGUCUUGGACGCUAUCAUGCCUUGUCGUACGCCAUGAAGCACCAAAAACCCGAGAUUUUCGCCAAAUUCAAGCUCACCGAUAUUCUUGUUGAGAUGUUCAGCAAGCCAGAAAUGCAACACAUGUGGACCCAGAUGUACGAUCAAGCCAUUGCCACUCUCAUGCCCGAAGAAGAGACGCUCAAAGCGAAAUUGGUGGAUUUCAAGGAGAAUAUUGUUGCGAUUUUGAAGCAUUUGGUCAAUCCGGACGUCGCAGAGCCAUUUACUGUGUUGAAUCACGGUGAUUGCUGGAUCAACAACUUCAUGUUCAACUUCAAUGGCGAAGUUCCAAUCGGUAUCAAAUUUAUUGACUUCCAGGUGGCCAGAUACGUCAGUCCCGUACUCGACUUAAUGUAUUUUAUCUUUGCCUCGACCGAUAAGCAACUCAGAGAUGAACAUUAUGACGAUCUCAUUCGUGCUUAUCACUCCGCCUUAUCAGGAAUGUUGGAAAGAUUAGGCGAAAAAACGAACAAAGUGAUGUCUUUUGAGGCGUUGCAAGCGGAAUUGAAGAAAUUCGGUAAAUUUGGCAUGCCAAUGGCUUUCAUGUUGAUUCCAUCCAUCACGAUGCAAAGUCAAGAUAUCCCCGACAUGGACAAGAUGGCCGAGAUGAUGCAAAAAAUGCAAGCAAAGGGCGAGAAUUUCGGCGAAUCGGAGGAAACAAAGGAAAUGAUGGCAAAAUAUCAGCAACAAACAAUGAAAGUUGGCGCUCGUAUUCGUGAUGUCGUCAUCGAUAUGGAACGUCUUGGGUACAUUAAAAAAAUGUCUGACGAAAAAGUGUCGAUGGUUGUUCCCUCGCUCGAGGAACUUUCGCCGUUCGUGCGUUUCUCGUUAGAAAAAGUCGCCAGACACGAAGGUUUUACCGACUUUUCUCUCGAAAUUGAACCAGGCGCGAAUAUCGGAGAUGGAUUCGUCGGGAUUAUGUUAAAAGUUCAAAUUAAAGGUACGAAAAAUACGCAAAAAUCGGAACUUAACGUUUUAUGCAAGAUCCCACCGAUGAAUAAGGCGAGACGCGAACAAUUCAACUCGAUCGAAAUAUUUUCGCGCGAAAUUGAGAUGUACAACGUCGUGCUGCCGCAUCUCAAAAAAUUCCAAGAAUCCAAGGGAAUUCGCGAAGACGAGGGAUUUUUUAACUAUCCAAAAUGCUAUUUUGCUGGCGAAAGUAAGGAACUCGAUGAUGCCGUUGUCAUUAUGGAAGAUUUGCGUGACAAGGGUUACGGCAUGGCGGAUAAAUUUGUGUCGAUUGAUUUUCCGCAUGCGAAACUCGUGAUGGAGGGAUUGGGACGAUUGCAUGCCUUGUCGUUCGCAUUGAAGGUACAAGAACCGGAAACACUGAAACAAUGGCAGUUCAAAGAUGUGCUGACCGAAAUGAUGCAUCGCGAGGAGUUUAUUGAGAUGUUUGAGCGAUACUUUGAUCAAGCGAUGGAAGCAUUGAAGCCCGAAGAGACAGAUGUCAAAGAAAAAAUGGAGCAUUACAAAAAACACAUUACAGAAGAAUUGAAUUUCUUGACGAGUGCCGAAGAGGCAGAACCGUACACAGUAUUAAAUCACGGAGAUUGUUGGAUCAACAAUUUCUUGUUCCACCGUAACUCGAGCAACAUUCCGACCGACAUCAAGUUUAUUGAUUACCAAAUUUCCCGGUAUGUGAGUCCCGUACUUGACAUCGUUUAUUUCAUCUUUGCGUCGACCGACAAGGCCUUCCGAGACCAACAUUACGACGAAUUAAUCCGAAUUUAUCAUGCCUCUUUCACAAAAUUCCUCAAAAGAUUGGGAGAAGAUCCGGAAGAACUUUUUUCCUUCGACGACCUCCAAAAGCAACUCAAGAAAUUCGGUCGUUUCGGGAUGCCAAUGGCACUAAUGCUGCUGCCAAUUAUCACAACGCAAUCCAAAGACCUGCCGGAUUUCGAUAAAUUACCGGAACUCAUGGAGGAAUUCAAGAAAGGCGAUCAAAUGUCGGACGAAGCGAAGGAAUUUAUGGAGUUGUCGCGUCAAAAUGCGUUGCGUGUCGGUGGUCGCACGAGAGAAGUUGCUAUCGAUAUGGUUCGACUUGGUUACAUGUGAUUGCUCGGUGCGGCGGCGUUGUUGUUGUGGUAUUUAGUUUAGUUUAAAAAUAAAUAAAAAUUUAAUUAUUGUUAUAGAGACACAUUUUGAGUUGAUUGAAUAUCAUCAUCGGCUACUCGCUAGGCUAGGGCUACAGGCACGUUUUUCUAUUUUGAUUGAUAUUUAAAUAAACUAUUUACCUAAAUUAACGAAGCCUAUCAAAUGACAAUAGAGAAUUUAUUUUUAGAGGAAACUAAAAUUGCUACAUAUAAAUUUUUAAUUGAAGGUCAAAAGAUUUGAAUAAAAAUUAUUAUUUAGCAUGAUUUGCCUGACCUUCGUGCUAGUAUGUGAUUUCCACACGAGAUACGAUCGAAUUUCUGCUCAUUUAUUGACCGCAAUACGUUAUCUGGGCUGAGUUCAGUGUCGUUUCUAUUUAAUUUUGUUCAGUUUUUUACAGAUUUUCUAAAAUCAUGAAAUUUUAAAAUUCA